AUGUCUCGCCGUGUGCUCCACCUCUUGGUCGUGGUCACUGCUUCAUUGGCACUCCCUCAGAGCACUGCUCCGAGUGCUGAAGCUAUCGAUCUCGCUCCCGGAGACUGUCCAGAGAUUAUUCCAGGUCCAGGCCUCCCCAGUCUCAAAUCCCUUAACCUCACCUCAGCCGACCUGUGCAAGAGCCCUGAAGAGUUCCAAAAGGCUCAUGGAUUACCCGACAUUGAACAACCCUCACUCAUGAAGCGCUACACGCCAUGGUGCAGCGGCUCAACAGUAGUCUCGUAUUGGAAAGCAACGUCGUGCUAUAACUACCUAUGGUACUUGGGAAACACGCCUUGCGUUGUGCCGCCGUCUGGGAGUAGAUUCUGCCAUUCUAAUACAGGCACUGACGACGUCGCUUGGUACGGGACAAGCGUCAAUGGGCAUACGACACAAUCCACUUGCCAGGAGGUAGCUGCGGGAGGGAAUUGGGUCCUCGAACACUGCGCAGAGAUCUUGGCAGAUUUAGUUUUCCUGUGGGAAGGUGCCAACGCCGCUUGGAAUAAUGGAAAUUUGGCCGUUCGAAUUGGCCCAUACUAA